CCUCGCCGGCCAGAGAUAAAUACGGCAAUGAGCGACAAAAGAAUUCUCUGCGUUGGACUGAUCUGUCUCGACGAAUUGUUGUACUGUGAAAACUAUCCUGUCGAGGAUUCUGUGGAAAUGGUUGUAGCUCGGGAGCUGAGACCAGGAGGAAAUGCUGCCAACGACUGCGCAGUUCUGGGUGAGCUGGGUGUUCAGUGCGACUUGGUUGGGACUCUCAGCAUUAAUUCACGAUCCGGAAGUUUUGUCAGACAGCAACUGGAAUCAUAUGGUGUCAACCUGAAACUCUGUGAGAUUGUAGAAGACAAAGAAUUCCCUGUCUCGAUUUGUAUAAUUAAUAAGAGUAAUGGCUCACGAACGAUAUUGCAUCAUAGCGGCGAAUGGCCUUGGGUUUCGUAUGAAGCUUUUCUUAAAAUAGAUUUGUCACAGUAUGCUUGGAUUCACCUUGAGGCACGAAACUUCGACCAUCUGAAGAAAGCGACAAAGAGGAUUCUGGCUUGGAAUUCCGGAUAUCGCAGACCUAUCCCGAUGUCAAUAGAUAUGCAAGAUUAUGAUGACCGGUGUCUAGAUAUGAUGCCCACGGCCGAUCUUAUUAUUGUCAGCAAAGAUUUCGCGAGGACGCUCGGAUAUAAGUCAAUGUCUGAUACACUGGAUGGCCUUUAUGGAUACCUCAAACCUGGAGCGACCUUGGUGGUGCCGUGGGGAGAGCAAGGAGCGGCUGCAAAAGGUCCUGAGGGCGUCUUCUUGGCCCCCGCCUAUCCUCCAGAGCGCGUCUUGGACACGCUGGGCGCUGGAGACGCCUUCUGCGCCGCGCUGCUGUCAGCGCUGUCUAGCGGAUGCCCCCUGCAACACAGCCUGCGAUACGCCUGCCAGGUUGCUGGCGCCAAGGUCGGAAUGCACGGCUUCCGUGGACUUCGGGACGUCCUCAGGGAACGCGGUGUACGUUGUGAAAGCUAG